AUGUUUGAUAGUUUUAAUAACAGCAAAAGUAAACGAAAGUCCUUCUUUCGGUUUGGUUCUGAAAGUAGAAACAACGACUCUGAAAAACCUGUGAGAAAGCCAUCGGCGCCUUCUACAACAAAGAAAUCGAUGAAUAUCGCACGAACCUCUAAAGUUGCAACUUCUACACCUGAUAUACCGCCACGAAGUCCGAAUAGGAAUGUGCAUGGCAGGAGCCGUUCUAUCCAGUCACCAUUACAAAAAGAAACACUAAAAAAUACUAAUCCAUUUUUAAAUACUGAGGAUACCUUAGAGGAUUCUCUUCGACUAUCACAGUUCAAGGAGGCGCCAACGAACGAUCGCAAAGGGAAUGGGCAUUUACAAGAAAACAAGAUUACCAGGCAAAGCACCAACCCCUUCACAACAAACGCGAAUUCAAAUGCAAAUCUCUUCAACAUCAAACGUUCGAGACCUCCACCACCACCUAUGGACAUGAAGUCAAUAACAACGUCAAUGAGCAACAAUGCCUCUAAGGAAGAAAUAUGGAGGGAUAAUGAUUCCGAGCGGGAUAGUAUUGCACCCUCAUCCAUCCACAACCAGCAUAGGCGGCAGCGUUCAGAAGCAGAAAAAUUAGUCGAUGAUAUUGAAAAUUAUAUCAAUGAACAUAAGGGGAAUUCUGGCAGUUCAGUAUCUCUAAACACAUCUGAAAACUCAGAUGUUAAAAAAUCGCAAGAUGUGGUGCCAUUAGAUGUCAUGGAAUCUCCCGUUUUGAGAAAUGUUAGUGUGGAGAGUCCCUUAAGUUAUGUGAAACCACUUAUUGUUGAUCCUGAAGAAGUGAAUAAACCAAGUGACAGAAAGUUAGUACAAUCAGAUCAUCCGGAACAACUUUCUUUGAAUGUGGAUGAUGGGGAUGAUAGAUUUUCCUUUAGUACAUCCGCUAGUGGUAAGUCCACCAAAAGUCUUCAGCAAGUUGCUGAAGACGAGUCUAAUGGUUUUAAACCUGCGCAUUUUGAUUUUGCAUAUAAAUCAAAUGAGCAUCUUGGGAGCGAUGAAAGUGUCGGAAGUGCCAGAAAACCUCUGCGGAUAACUAAUGAGAUUGAUAACAGCUCUUCCAGCGAAGAAGAAGAUGACAGUCACCAAGAAAUAAGUUUUGUGGGCAAUGAAAGUAAUGUUUUUAUCAAUGACGCAAAUGAUCAAGAUCCACUGAUAAAAAAUGAUGUCCCAACGCAAGAACCUGAGUUAGCAAGUCAUCGCAGAGUAUUUAGAGUGGUUAACGAAGAUCGUCCUAGUUUCUAUUUGAAUAGUGUAAACGAUACGGGCAGUUUAACGGACAGGCACUCUUUCGUUACUACGUCAUCCGGUGAGUAUGAUAUCCCAUCAAACUUUUCUAACCAGUCUGAACUCUCAAUGUCAAAAGGCUCUAAAUCAACCGUUUUGGCUGCUCUUGGCUCAGACGGAAACACAAAAUCAUCGAAUAAAACAUCUGAGUUAAAUAGCUUGAAUUCCAUCUCAGAAAGUCUGAUCCCGGCUACUCAUUCUUUCAGGGAACACGCCGUUCCUAUCCCGCAAACCGUGGAUUUACCAAAUCCGGUACAAGCUGCCCCAAGCGAAAGAUCUGUCAAAAGUUCAACGCUAGCAUCAGUCGUAUCGAACAAAUCGGAAAAAUCGGUGCCUUUGGUUUCUAGUUACGUGGAAGAAUUGCGACUAAAGUAUUACAAAACUUCUAACUUCUUACAAGCUCCCCCUAACUUACCGGUGGCCCUAAAACAAAAGAAUAAUUUGAUCCAACCCAAAAAUAUUAAGGUCAAGUUGAGAACAAGUUCCAAGCAGAUCGGUAUCAAGCAUGGCAAAGUUAAACAGAAAUUAUUGGCGUUGGAGACAAGAAACGAAGAAUCAGAUGAGACCGUUGCAGGGUUGAAAAACAAUAUUAAUGUCGACCACACGAAGGAAUUCCAUAAAUUGUUAGGAAAGGAAAAUGAAGUUGGAUCUGCCCUAAAGAAAGGAGACACCGGCGCAGAACAAUCCGAGGACUAUCUCAAGGACAUACCUGGUGAUGAAGCGUACAACAGCGAUGAUAUAAUGGCGCCUUUAAGAGAAAAAAGAGGACAAAACGGUUCUAUCGAUUCAGUGUCAAGAUCUAACACGGUGGUCAGCUACUACACAAGAUCUCAAAACAGAAUGAGAAGUGGAACGCUGGAUAAUGAUUACGUGAACAGACAAAAGCUUCCUACUCAUAUUUCUCUUCAAGACUAUCGCGAUUCUAAUGCUAGUAGUAAUAUAACGCGUCAGGACUCUGUCUCCACAACGAACUCAGACGCAGUCGACCUCAGCUAUUCUCUGGGUCAUGGCUUGCGUGUGGCAAACCCUGAUUCUGACUCAGAGUAA